AUGGGUUAUAUAUGUUCCGAAAAUGAGCUGCAUAAUGUUACUAAUUGGACCGAUGCAGUUGAGAAAUGUGAGUUAGCCACGCCUGAUAUAACAUUAGAUGCCAAUGGUUAUAGAGCAGAAAUUCAAGAUGACGAAUGGAGUGGUCAAGUAUGGACUGGAUAUUACAUGACAACUUUAUACUUUGAUUACAUUGGUUGUGUACAAGUUUUCCAAAGGGAAGCAAAUUUUAUGAGUCAAAGAAAUACACCUGGGACUUGCCACACUACGUGCAGAACAUCUAUGAUAGGCGUAAAAGGGGAUGAGUGUUAUUGCUUAAACAACGACAAGUUUGAUAAUGAUAUGCAGCUGCAUUGUAACACUUUGUGCGACACUCAGAAUGGCGUAGUUUGUGGUGGAAAUCAACAUAUGUCAGUAUAUAGAAUAACCAACGUGUCGGGUGAUAUAAGCGACGGUAAUAUAGAGAAUGGCUGCCUCGGUGUCGAAUAUCAGUAUGUAUCUAAGAUAUUUAAAUGGAAAAACUGCAGUGAGUUUAUGCGACCCCUCUGUUUAUACACUGGUUUGGAGAAAAGUACAAAUGGCAGACAUUACCCAUGGACAACAGCGGCGUCUAGAUGCUUCGAGCAUGACACAACCCCAAUAUCUUAUACGUCAGCUUCAAAGUUUAAAACUGUUCUCACCGGAAUAUACUGGACAGGAACCAUUAGAAGCCAAGUUAUUCAUAAAUAUGAUGGUGAACUUGUAGAAGGCAGUAAUAUCCGCUACGGAUAUCUAACAAAGAACGAAAACAACGUUACUAUCGUCCUGUUUUCUGAGAACAAUAGAAAGAUGAGAAGACUAUGUAAGCAUGAAAGAACACCAAAUACCCAACGCCCAGCUUCUGUGUAUGUUUUUGUGGCUAUUUUCUUAGUUGUGUUCAUCGUUGGUAUCAUCGUAGCAGUCAUCAUCUGGAAAAAGAGAAAGUCAACGCAAGAGGCACCAGUCAGACAAGAAAGCAGUCAGAAUCACUACAUAACACCACUAUUUAAAAAGGAGGACGAUUACAUUUAUUCGGAAGUAACUGAAAUGGAUAAGAAAGAAACAAAUAAGUUCAUAGGGGAUGACGGUUAUGAAAUUCCUCUUAUGAAAUCAAGUUCCAUUUAUUCGGAAGUAGUUGAAACGGAUAAGAAAGAAACAAACUUUUUGACAGACGAUGGCGAUUAUGAAAUCCCUCUUAAGAAAACAAGCUCCAAUUGAUGCUUAUAUUAGUUGUUAAAUUAAAACCGAUAUGAUUUAAUAUAUUUUGUGUAUAUUUAUAUUGACUUAAAGACACAUCAUUUCUCAGAAAUGAAUACAUUUUUCAUUCAGUAGAAAUGGAAAUAUGUGUUUUAUGAUUGAUUAAGAACAUAUGAGAUGCUGAUUAUCUGAAGAAAAUAGUGAUAAAUGUGAAAAAAAUAAAUGUCAGCAAAAUGUAAACAAAGUGUUAUUAUGA